AUGGAGAAAGCUGUGUACGGUGGCAAUGUUGAAGAUGACGAGGAAUUGCUUGCUGAACUUCUUGCUCUCCAAAGAGAAGAAGAAGCAAAACAAAGGCGAAGUUCUCCUAUGCCACCCUCAAGACCUCCAGCGUCUCCAUAUUCAAAAGUUGGUACAUCUCCUGCUUUAGGAGUUGACCCAGCCAAAUUGGCGGCCGCUCUUGCGGAUAAUGUCGAAGUUGACGAACACGCUCUCGAGAAUGACGAGGAUUUGCUAGUAUGUAUUCGAAAUGUUUUUGCUUUGAGCAAAAAAGAGUACGAAGACUCAAUUACGCCCGAACAUCUAUCUAAAUUACCAGAUACCGCUAUGCUGUCCAGACUUUCUGGACUGCUUAUUAUUUAUGAAAAGAUGUUGUCGGUUAGCGACAAGGAAGGAAAUACGUUGAAAAUGCGGAGGCACCAACGUUCUGUGGAUAAAUUGAAAGGACUGAUUUCCAAAGCACAACGGGGUGAGGACAUUGAUGAAUCUGAAAUCCCGCCGGCACCACCAUCUCUUUCUUCAACAUCUCGUGAUGAAAAAGAACGUAUUGAUUCAAAAAAACAAAGGAUUUUGGAGGUUCUGAAAAGACGUCGAGAUGCUUAUGUUGCAAACGGCAAGGCUGCAGUGGCUGCAAUGGAUAAAGGUGCUGCUAAACAGUAUGUCGAGAUUGCGAAGAUGUUUGAUCAGGUGGAGGCAUUAGCUGCAAUGGAUACAGCUGACGCAGAUGAGUUAGACUUGUCUGAAGUACCUCCAUCUCCACAGCCCUAUCGCAGAGUCGAACAGCCAACCACUUUCAUUGGUGGUUUGGAGAGUCGAAUGAACAGGAUGAACACCCGCAUGGCCGAACAAUAUAAAGCAGCCAUACUCGAUGCCAAAGCAGGACAUCCAGUAGCAGUUGCUGAACUGCCAUCUCUUCCUAAUAUGCCUCCUUUACCACCUCAAAACCAGGAACCUACCCUGAAAACCUCCACACCUAGCGCACAUCCUCCACCGGCUGUCGGCCCACUUGCUGCAUCCGGGCAACCGGGAACGUCGAGGAAUUCCACCCAACUCCAGUUUUUGAUCAUGCGUCAGAAUGAGUUUAAACAAGCUGCUAUUCAUGCAAAAUCAAAAGGAAACUUGGAACUGGCUAAAAAAUACCUGCUGGAAGCUAAGGGUUUUGACAAAAUGAUUACUGCUGCCAAGGCAGGCCUCCCAGUUUCAAUAAAGGCUACGCCAAUUCCUCCACAAGUUUCUACAUCUCAAGCGACUUUACAACCUCGGAUUGUUCCUACUACUUCGAGUACCACUGGAAUUGAAGGUCGUGGAGAAACCUUAUCAAUGAUGGAGAAAUCUCUAAUCGAGCAAGUACAGCUGGCAGAAAACAGUCGUAUGCGCUUCACCCGAUUAGGUGACGUUGGAAAGGUAAAACUGUUCGAGGAUUGGGCAAAGGUUUCUAAACAAGAUCUUUUACUCGUUCGAGAAGUUGCAAAACAGGGAUUAAAAUUACCUAAAUUCCAUUAUGAAUCACGUCAUAUUCCUUGUGCCGACCUUUUUCCCGAUCUCGCCGAAGACGUGUUAGAGCUAUCCAUCAUUCGCUGCCGUGAUGUACCUCUUCCGUCUGGAUACGAGCCAAAUGAUGCGAAUCUUUUCGUUAAAUUCGUGUUCCCAUACCCAUCUGAUGCAAACCAGAGUGGAAAAACAAAGUAUGUUCCAGGGACUCAAAAUCCUGAAUCAAAUGCACUACUGGAGGAAACGCUGCCGCUAAAAGAGGGACGAAAGGCCAUAGGUGGCUUACUGACACUGAAAAUCAGAAUUCGUGAACCACUAGGUGAUGCAAAAUUGACAAGCACUCAACACCGCUGGCUGGUGCUCGAUAACUGA